AUGUCAGUUUAUAAACUAAACGAAAUUCCCGACGACUGGGUGAGCAACACCUCACGUUGGGAGAGGAGCCGCCCAACAUCAGCCGGGGAACAUUACCCGUCACCCACGGACAACAGGCCACUGGGAGAGGAACACCUUCAGGAGUCACCCACGGACAAGAGGCCACUGGGAGAGGAACACCUUCAGGAGUCACCCACGGACAAGAGGCCACUGGGAGAGGAACACCUUCAGGCGUCACCCACGGACAACAGGCCACUGGGAGAGGAACACCUUCAGGAGUCACCCACGGACAAGAGGCCACUGGGAGAGGAACACCUUCAGGAGUCACCCACGGACAAGAGGUCACUGGGAGAGGAACACCUUCAGGAGUCACCCACGGACAACAGGCCACUGGGAGAGGAACACCUUCAGGAGUCACCCACGGACAAGAGGUCACUGGGAGAGGAACACCUUCAGGAGUCACCCACGGACAACAGGCCACUGGGAGAGGAACACCUUCAGGAGUCACCCACGGACAAGAGGCCACUGGGAGAGGAACACCUUCAGGAGGCAGGACGAGAAAAAGAUCUGGGGGUUGAUAUAACACCAGACACGUCCCCUGAAACCCACAUCAAAAGGAUAACAUCAGCGGCGUAUGCCAGGACGCGAACUAUUGAAUAA